CUUGCUCUUCCAUUAUACCGAAGAGAUCAUUGAGCUUUUAAACGACUCCGGAGACUUAUCAUUCGAUCAAUGGACGGACCUCCUUAAGAAGACUGAUUACGACGCUCUAGUGGUAAAGGAAGUGGCCAGAUUCGUGUGCCAGAUUUCAUGGACGGUUCGCGACGACCAGGAACGGGCAGCGGCCGCUCUCAUCGCUCACCGGUGCCCGCGAAUGCUCUCAUUGAGCUCUUCAAGGAACCGAAAAACCUGCCUCACCUGGUCGAUCUCCUGCGCUCCGCUUUCGCCAAAGGCUGCAAGAUUCGUUUGCACCUGCACAGCCACUGGCGGGACCCAAGGAGCGCGUCCUCGGAUGGUAUUCUGCGCGCAUUACAGCGGCCUUCCUUGAACGAGACUCAAGAAUGGGAAUAUUACCAUGAACCCGCGUGGAACAGGACUCUCACUCACUUCACUGGGCGCGUCACAAGCCCCGCGGUUCUGGCGCGUCUUGUGGACUCCAUCGAAGGACUCCGCGUGGCCAUUCGGAGCGAUGACGAGGCCCUGGACUGGAGCGUCAGCAUUAGUUCCUGUGACGUGUUCGUUCGCCUCAAGUGGAUUGGAGUACACGUGGCGGCCGCGAGCGUGGACCCAGCUCUCCUCUGCCCCCUGCCGUCCCUCGAACGCCGCCCUCACCUCUACCUCUCGGGCGUGAGCGACGGCGACGUGGAGUGGGCGUCGGUGGCCGCAAAGACGCUCCAGCCUCGGACGAAAGAGUACGGGAUUAUUAGCUUUCCGGAGAGCAGUUUCACCUCCAAGGGCGUGGAAGCCCUGGCCAAGAGGUUUUCCGAGGAGAGUGUCAAAGCCAGAGAAGUGCUGGUGACCUGUGACCUGGAGGGAGAAGUGACUGACUCCUUUUCUGCUCAAGUGGGAUGUCAGGUCGUGCAGUGCCAGGGAACCGAAAUUUGGACUAGGGAGCCAGCACCUACUCCCACGCCCGAAUACGAGGAUCACUACAUUCUGUUCAACGCAGGAGGAGGCGAGGCGUCCCAGGGAAGGGGGCUGACAGGAAACGACCAGAAACAGGAGACUGCGGCAGAGGCUGAGAGAGAGUCGCACCCGUAUGAGACUGUCUUGCAGACAGAUGGCGCCAGAGGAAAUGACAGCGAGGAUAUCUAUGAGAGCAUUUCAUACGAUCAUGGGUCAUUGCCCUAUGUGUCACGUAAAGCUGAUUAUAUACCACUUGUACCAGUAAGGGAAACUAAACAACCACUGCCGAUGUCGGCAGGACCAAGAGAACCAUUACCGUCCAAAUAUUAUAAUUCAUCGGCGAAUUCACAACCAAGACCACCGAUGCCGAUACCAACCAAAUUGCAGCCAGAUUGUCCAUCAGGAUCUUUGCCACCAAAGCCAACACUGCGCUUUCCACCAAGGCUGCCAUUGAAACCCUCGCUCAAAACUCGAUGGGUGAAGACGCCAAGGCCGCCAGCACCAUUACCAUCAAAAUCACAGGAAACGCAAGCGCCGAAGUCCAGAGGGAAGCCCCCUCACAGCAGGGCGAAGGCGUCAAAACCUCCCAGGUUGCAAGCACCAGUGGCGCCGCAACCAGUCAUGUGGCCACCGCUGGUAUACCCGUGGGCAUCAGCACAGCCUCCACACACACUUCAAUUUCCUCUGUGCACGUGGCCGCCAGUGUCUGAUCUGCAGUGGACUCCGUGGGGGAUGCCUAUACAAAGACUAGUGCCUAUGGCACCUAUGUUACAACCAUGCGUCAGCUGGGGCAUGCAGUGGGCACCGUCGGGAGGCGCGCCAUCCACAGUUACGGGGCCAGUCUUGCAACAUCAUGGUGUGCAGGUUUCGCCACCACCAUCCGUGUCGAAUAGCUUGGGUGUUCAUUCAGAUCAGAAUGACGAAGAAACAUUAUAUGAAAAUUCAGAUGACUGAAUCAGUGUGGCUUCAGCAUCAAGCUGUGCUGUCUAUCCUCCUUCUGUGUUUUCCAAUGAGAGAUUGUGUAGUUCAGCACACUUUGUAUAUUGGUAAAAUAAUUCAAAGCUGGUAGGGAUUCAACUGUGCUAAUCAAACCCGGGAGUUCAACUGAGUAAAUCCUUUUCGCUGACUUUGCUUGUAGGUCACGAAUCUUUAUUUGGUCUUGCUGUUUAUUGGGGUACAGAACCUAGUGUCGUGUUCCUUUUAUUCUUGGAGGCUGGAGAGUAGGCAAAGUUAUUUAAUUAAGUAAAUAAGAGCAUACCAAACUAUCACGCGAAUAUUAACCGUAAUGGAAGUACCGUAAGGUUUGUCCUUCAUGUGGACUGGGCGCCCGAAAAGGUCUGACCAGCCCCAGUACUUCCGAAAUCUCUAAGAUCGUGGAGGAAGUGCAUUUAGUGCAUCUUCUGAAAUUCAACAUUUUAAAAUAUCCAUUUCUUUCUCAGUCUUAUUUUUGUUUCACCUAAAAUAGGGUACUCAAUGACGGACAAUAUGGGGACUACAGCAAAGUUAUUCGAAACAUAAUCCAAAGCAAAGUUUUUAUGCUUCUUUUAUUCAUCUGCUACACUCAUGCCACGUAAUACAGUCUUGAACACUCUCGCUGUUUAUGCCGAAGAGACUGAUCUUUUUGCAUUUAUCCCGUUUCCAGAUGAACAGAAAUCUAGCCAACGUAUUAA